AGGUAGAGGUUGCGGUAAGCUGAGAUCGCACUGAGAUGGUGCCACUGAACUUUUUCCUGGGCGACAGAGUGAGACUCCAUCUCCAAAAUAAAAAGAACGUAUUGGCUCACCGUCAGACUUGAACACUUGCAUGAGAGCGAACUGUCAUUCCUAUUUCCACCAGCUCCUUAGACAUAGACUGAAUCUGAAGCUGGAAGGAGCAACAUCUUUUGAAGUACUGGAUUUUCUUUCUUUAUGGGGAGAAGGAAGCAAGGAGUGGCAAUUCUGGUGCUCUGAAUUCCAUACCCUAUCAGCACCUCCUAGAACAGGGCUUAAAUCUUUCCAGAGUGGAUAGUAAUCCCUGUUUCCUGUUAAAUUCACUGAUUAAUAUAUUCUCCUUCCAGCUUCAGAAUCAGUCUGACAUGUCUAAGGUGCUGGUGGAAACAGGAAUAACAGUUCACUCCUACCCCACGUGCUCAAGUCUGAUCAUGGUCCACAUACAUUCUUUUGAAAGUUUUGGUUUCACAAAGAUUUUCUUGUGAAAUCUGGGAAGCCUAGAGAAGGUAUGGAUGUAGACAGUGAGAGAACAUAUAGUGAGAGUUUAUCCUGUUCCUUUGAGACACAAGCAAUGCUGAAGGCCAAAGUGGCCAGAGCAUCCCAGAUAAAGAAGAAUAAAGCUGAGCAAUGAGUGUGAGGCAGGUAUGGAGGCAGGAGGAGCCUCUCUGGGAAAGGGUUAAGUAGAGAGUCCUGAAUGAGAGAGUGAGAGAGCUUUGCUGGUAGAAGGAACUGUAAGUGGCAAGGCCCCAGAGCUGCCUUCUGAAGGCCAGGGAAAAUUCUCCAUACCCUUUCUAGAGUGGGGAAUGGGUAAUUUGCUUCUAUCUCAUCUGGAUUUCAGGGCAUUCUAGGGGUAUCACAGAAUCCUAGAGAUAGCAGCAUCACUCAGAUCCUGAGGGGUAAGAAUACAAGGAGAAGCCAGCAGAAGAAUCAUCUCUCCUGAUGCAGCUAAAACUCCCACACUCCCACUGCCAGUUCCUGCCCCUCAUGUCAUGGGGACCGUUCCAUUUCUGGACCAGAGCUUCAAGGUUAACACAGCGCACACAGCAAUCCCAGGGCCCAAAGUGGUGGUUCUUGGGGUUGGCAUUUUACCCUCUUGUUCCCGGGCUGCCUUGUGCUUCUCUGUGAACUUCACAGCCAGGUCUGUCCCUGGUGUUGAGUGAGCUGCUACAAGCCUCCUGCGGCCUCUAGGAAGGGGCGGGGGCUGACCCAGGCAGAGUGAGAGAUAGGCUACCUGGCCUGCUGCCUUACUCCUGUCCCCAGACCCAGCUGUGCACUUGUGCUGGAUGACUGGACAAGCCUGCAUAGGAAGCCCACGUCACAUGCGGGUUACUGGUAACAGCCACCCAAAGGACUACUGGGAGGACGAAAGGGAAACAUGUAUAAACAGGUGAUUGUGUGUUACCAGUAACAACUGGUAUGCUUUCACCUUCUGAGAGUCGCAGUGAGAGAAGGUUUUUCAUAAGUCAUAACACCAAUUCCCUACCAGGUCUAGAUGUCCAGUUUCCAAAACAGCAGGUGGACUUUUCUGUAGAGGGUGGCUAGGAACUAGGGUCUUGGAAAAUGAGAGGAACUCUAUGCUUACUGAAGCUCUGAAGGUCAGGCAGGGUGGCUGAACUUUUCCCAACUAAAGCCCUCCAAGGACUGAGGUGGGCCAGCCUCCAUUUGUAUGUUCAAGGAUUUGGAAAGGCCAUUUGGACAAGCACUAUCCAACAGAAAUAAAAUAUAAGCCACUUUUGUAAUCUUAAAUUUUCCUUAAAAAUGGGCAAAAUGUAUUCUGAUAUAUUUCAUUUAACCCAAUAUAUUAAAAAAAUAUCAUUUCAACAUAUAAUCAAUACUAAACAUUAAUGAGGUAUUUUGCAUUCUUUUUUAAUAGUAACUCUUGGAAAUGAGGAGAGUAUUUGGCUCUUACCACUCAUCUCAGUUUGAACCAGUCAUGUUUCAAGUGCUCAGUCACCACAUGUGGCUCUGGGCUGCUGUAGUAGACAGCACAGCAUUGGAGAGUUCCCCUCAGCCCUAAUCCUUGCUGCCCAGACCAGGUUUACCAACUCUGACUUCAAGGUGACCACUUGUUUCUUGUGAAUCAUGACUUUUUGAGGUCUUUUGUCCCACCCCAGAAAUACUGGCAUGGCAGAACAGAUAACCAGGGAAGAAAAAUCUUUAUUCUGAUUGAAGGAUGCAACUCAAGAAAAAUCUGUCACAGUAGAUUGUUAAUAAAUGUUCUAAAUCCUGGUUAAAUCUAACACUCUGGAUUUGCAAUUUGUGAUUAAUUUAGAUAUGGUAUGAAAUACUUGCAAUAUCUAUUAAGAAACACAUGACAUAUAAAACUCAGAAGUUCAUCUUGACCAUGUUGUAAAUAUUAGUUUUUCUAUUAGCUUAUCUUCCUUAUUAAUACUUGGGUUUUUUUUUUUUAGUUAUAUAUAUAGUAUUUGUAUUAAAUGCUUGAAAGGUACUUACAUAUGUAUUCAACAAUGAGAAUUUUCACCAAUUCACAUGUAAUUUUCCCCUUCCCUCUUUCCAAAAACUCACGUUCAAUCAGAAGAGUAGGAAUUAGGAUGGUCUAGGAGUCAUUCUUUUUUUGGCACAGUAAUAUUUUUUCUUUCAGGUUUCUACUCCAAACACAGACCCCUUUGCCUGUAGGAUGAGCUCCAGCAUGGGGUGAGAUACAGAAGAGAGACUUGAAGAGCCUGCCUUGGCACUCAAGCUCCAAAUCCUGCAUACUAGCGAGUGUCUUAUUCUGCAUCCAUAAUGGAAGGAAAUGGGCACAGCACAUCUUACUCCAGAGGCACAAGAGGAGGACAUCCCAUGCUGGCUACUCCUGCCCAGCCUGGUGGGGGAGCAGAAGCUCCAGAGCCUGGCCUUGCAGGCCUUAAGAAAAGUAACACUUAGCCACAGCAUCAGGAGGUGGAUCCCAGAGUGUGAGUGGCACAUUCUGUGAACUCAUCCUCACCAUGUUCACCAUAUCUGCAACGGUGGCAGCGGGGAAGCCUUACAUGUGCGGUGAGUGUGGCAAGAGCUUCUGCUACAGCUCAGUGCUGCUGCGACAUGAACGAUCUCACGGCGGCGACAGCCGCUUCCGUUGCCUAGAAUGCGGCGAGCCCUGCGCAGGGGCUGCUGACUUCCAAGCGCACAGGCGCAGCCAUGCUGGCCAGACCCUCUACAUCUGCAGUGAGUGCGGCCAAAGCUUCCGCCACAGCAGCCGCCUUGACCUACACUUGGGCGCACACCGGCAGCGUGGCCGCUCAUGCCUCUGCCAUACAUGUGGCCGCCGCUUCCCGCAUCUCCCGGCGCUGCUGCUGCACCGCCGCCGGCAUCAUCUGCCAGAGCCACCCCGCCGCUGCCCCCUGUGUUCCCGCGCCUUCCGACAGAGUGCGCUGCGCUUCCACCAGGCGCGGGCGCACCGUCCGGGGACAAACUCUGACCCUGCUGGCCCACGCCACCGUUGCACGCAGUGCCCGCGAGGCUUCCGAAGCGGCGCUGCGCUGCGGAGUCACGCGCGCAUCCACGUGUCCCAGAGCCCCAGGCGACCACGUGCCUCAGACGCCCACCAGUGUGGCGUGUGCGGCAAGAGCUUUGGCAAGAACUCUACGCUGACGCGACACCUGCAGACGCACUCGGGGGAGAAACCGUUCAAGUGCCCGGAGUGCGGCAAGGGCUUCCUGGAGAGCGCCACGCUGGUGCGCCACCAGCGCACACACACUGGCGAGAAGCCAUACGCAUGUGGCGACUGCGGACGCUGCUUCAGCGAGAGUUCCACGCUGCUGCGCCAUCGGCGCAGCCACAAGGGCGAGCGGCCACAUGCGUGCGCCACUUGCGGCAAGGGCUUCGGGCAGCGCUCCGACCUGGUGGUGCACCAGCGCAUCCACACGGGUGAGAAGCCCUUCCCGUGCCCAGAGUGCAGCCGCCGCUUCAGCGACCGCUCGGACCUCACCAAGCACCGGCGCACGCACACAGGCGAGAAGCCCUACCGCUGCGAACAGUGCGGCAAACGGUUCACGUGCGUGUCCAAUCUCAACGUUCAUCGGCGCAACCAUGCCGGCCACAAGCCACACAAAUGUCCUGAGUGCGGCAGGGCCUUCAGCGUCGCCUCUAAGCUUGCGCUCCACCGCAAGACGCACCUGGGAGAACGGCCAGCGGAGUGCGCGGAGUGUGGCAAGUGCUUCAGCCACAGCCGCUCGCUGUCACAGCAUCAGCGGGCCCACACGCGCGCGCGCGCUGCUGCCACAGCUGCCGCUGUUGCCGCUGUUGCCAUCCAGGCCGCAGUAGGCGCUGCCCUCGCCUUAGAGGGGGCGGCUGAACAGGAAAGGUCAGGGUUCUUUGUGUCCUAGUUGAAGGAGGCUUGCUGAGGCUUCUGUAAAGGUGGUUAGACAAGCACCUAGAUGGCAUCACAGGGACCGGUGAGGCAACUUGCAGACGGACGUUUGGGAAAAGCAUGUGGCCUCCUGCCUUUCCAGUUUCCGUUGGCAGCCAUUCACUUGGCCUCCUGCCUCGCCUCUACACCUACUUCCCUGUCAACUUUUGCCAUCCUGUCCUGGUAUAACUUGGCAUCUCUCCUAAGGUGUAGGUGCAGAGAGGGAAACCUUAGACUCCCCGGUGUGCAAGAGCCCAGUAUUGGUGUGUCCCAUUAAUGCUACUGUGCUUGCUGGUGUUUCUGAUUUUCCUGCCUUUGUCCUAUUUUCUCGUCCCAUCUCCUUAUUCCAGCCUGCAUCUCUUCUGCUUCUCCUUUCCUGAUUACUUUUGUUGCCCUGCCUCUUCAGGUAAUGGUCACAAAUUUGGCUGUAGUUACAUAUCACUAGCCCUAUGGUCCUCUUGUCUCCAUCUGGGCGCUGCCUGCUCCCUGGUGGCCACCACAUGAAGGUGGACGGGGUCCUCAGCAUGGCCACGUGUCCUCAGGGCAAAUCAACGCGCCUUUCAGGACAAUGUUCCCUAGCCAGGUGGACAUUUUUGCUGAGACCCAGGCCAAAACCAUGAGGGUCCACAAAGCCAGGAAUGCCAAGUGGAGCAUGAGUUUGUUUCCACAUCAUGGGAACCAUGGGGAAAUAGGUUCCACCACAGGGAGGGGGCAGGAUGGAAAAUCCCUUCAACAGGUCAACAAUUUUUGCUAAUGGCUAGUGAAAUAAAGUUGUUUGUUUGGGUUCUA